CAGCCGAACAGCCGAGGAGCCCCAGUGUCACCUCCUCCUCCUCCGCCUCCGCCUCCUCCUUCUCCUCAGCCGCCGCCGCUAAGCUGAGCUCAAUCAGCGGACAUGUUUAUCAAAAUUACUGGCUUGCGGUGACAGCCUCCGGUGAAUCCAGCCCGGGAGAGAAGACGAGGCCGCCGAGAGGAGCUGUCGAUGCUGGACUCUCUGAUCCAUCAGCAUUAGGAUCUGCGAGGCUGGGAGAGAGAGACGACCGCUCAGUCGUCCAUUAAAACCAACUGACCCGAAAUGAUGGCCUCCAGUGAUGUAGACAUCCGAGGAGAAGGGUCUUUGUUUUCUGACCAGAAUCCAUCAGAAAUGGACGCUCUGUGUCCCUCACCUCCUGGACCAACAAGACCCCAACGUAAUUAUGAGAGGAUUGGAGGGCGGACAGGAACUUCGUUUUGUCAGACUCUUAUUCACCUGCUGAAGGGGAACAUUGGGACAGGGCUGCUGGGUCUGCCUCUGGCUGUGAAGAAUGCAGGUCUGGUGGUAAGUUCACAAAAAGUUUUUGUUGUUGUUGUUGUUUUUGUUAACUGCAGUAACACGAUGGGAAUCUGUUUCUCGUUCAGGGUGAACAGGCCAUCUCUCACCUAUGGCGAGGCGGUGCAGUAUGGGAUGGAAAACGUGUCGUGGCUCAGGAGACAUUCCCAGUGGGGAAAACGAACCGUGAACUUGUUCCUCAUCAUCACGCAGCUCGGCUUCUGCUGCGUCUACUUCGUCUUCCUCAGCGACAACGUCAAACAGGUGGUGGAAGCAGCCAACGCCACAACCUUCAACUGCUACAUGAACUACACCAAUCAGACGCAGGUCCUGGUGCCGAGCUUCGACUCUCGCCUCUACAUGCUCUGCUUCCUGCCCGCCUUCGUCCUGCUGGUCUUCACCCCUAACCUGAAAUUCCUGGCUCCUUUAUCCCUGGUGGCCAACCUGGUUAUGACGGCCAGCUUGGUACUCAUCUACUUCUACUCCAUCACGAACAUCACAGAUCCCACCAACCUACCAAAAGUGGGCAGAGCUAAGGACUACCCUCUCUUCUUCGGGACGGCCAUCUUUGCCUUUGAAGGGAUUGGAGUGGUUCUUCCCCUGGAGAACAAGAUGCAGAGGCCUCAGAGUUUCACUGUGGUUCUGUAUUUAGGAAUGGGCAUUGUCACCUUCCUCUACAUCAGCCUCGGCACCAUCGGAUAUUUGUGCUUUGGAGAGCACAUAGUAGGGAGCAUCACUCUCAACCUGCCAAACUGCUGGACUUACCAGGCUGUGAAGCUUCUCUACUGCUUCGGCAUUUUCAUCACCUUCGCGUUGCAGUUCUACGUUCCAGCAGAGAUCCUCAUACCGCCAGCGGUGGCCCGUGUCUCAGAGAGAUGGGAGACGGCUGUCGACCUGCUACUUCGCACCGUCUUGGUCAUCUUCACAUGUGCCCUCGCCGUCCUGAUACCGGAGCUGGACCUCGUCAUCUCGUUGGUCGGCUCGGUCAGCAGCAGUUUCCUGGCGCUGAUCUUCCCCCCUCUCCUCCAGAUCGUAACUUUUCACUCUGAAGGCCUGUCGCCGCUGGUGACCGCCAAGAACGCGGUCAUCAGUAUGGUGGGUUUGAUCGGCUUCCUCACGGGCACUUACAUCGCCAUUGAGCAAAUCAUCACCCGGAACGGACUCAAACACGAGGAGACGUUCUCCUCCUACAUGGUGCAGUGAUGAAGUGAAGUGACUCUCGGCCGGUGGAGCUGAACCUCCCAGGACACUUUAGGGCACAUUUUAAGGUUUUGUUUGUUCUUCUUUGAUUUGCUGCUGUCGGACACAGCAGCGUUUUUAGGAUUAAUCUAUGUUGAAGCAGUUUGACGGUGUGUGUGAUGCUCGAUGUCGUGUUUCAUUCUAGUACUAUCACUACCGUACUACAGUGUCCUGUAACUACUCACAUCUCAACAAUUACAGCCUCUUAGUGCAAUUUAAUGAUUACAAAAUUACGGUUAAGGCUAAAUAAUUCCUUUGUGUACAGAAUCAAAGGUUUUCGAGGUAUAGUCUGAAUAUAUAUAUAUAUGUUUUUAAAUAUUUCAGUCAGAAAAUCUAACUACCUCACAAACUGGUUUCCAUUUGGUCUUUUAAAACGUUUCAAAAACACCUUCAGCCCAAACGACGUCUCUCUUAGAUCUUUUCUAGUUGAACAUUAUUUAGAAAAAAGUUUUUAAAAACAAUCUUCAUGUUGUGUUGCACUUUAACUCAUGCCUUACUCUGUGAACCACAAACUCUACUCGGAGGGUAGUUUAAUACACAAAGUACACAAACUGUAAAUCAUCAACUUAAAAAUCGGAACAAAACUACAACCAAGUAUAUAUAAGUCCACUUAAAUGGAAAAACACAAGGACAAUGAGUCCUUGUGUCACAAGAAUAAAGUUGUGAUAUCGCAAGAAUAAAAUCAUAAUAUUACAAGAAUAAUGUUGUGAUUUUAAGUUGAAAGAAAAAAAUUUAAAUUUGUAUCUAUUUUUAUCUAUUAUCUAUUCAGUGGAGGAGGAAACGUUUGUCAGUGGUCGACUGAGGUUGUUGUUUGUUCGGUGUCAUAUUCAAAGAGCUGUCAGAGUUUUUCAAGAAACUAUGAGGUCCAAUAUUUUGGAUCCAGAGGAGUGAACCCCCAGUGGAAAUAUAACUUUGAACACGUUUUCAGGAUCGGUCAUGUCGUCCCUGUUUGUUUUCAGUCUCUGGUGCAGAGGUUUCAGGAUGAUGUGGUUUAAUUUAAAAAAGGGAACACUCAUUUUUUUUUAAAUGUUAUUUUUUGAAUUUGUUUUAGUCUUUUAUCCGUGUGAUGAACUUUAACAGACGUAACAUCUGCAUCAAGUGAUGACUGCUUUAAAAAAAAAAAAAAGAUUCGUAUUCAUGCUGCCACAAAAUCUUAAGAUUAAACUACUAAUUCACGUAAAGUCAAAAGGAAGAUAAAAACCAUUUGACUGAAAAUCUAAAAGAAUAUUUGUAUUUUAUUUUUCGUCUUCGUUUUAAAAGCCAGGAUUUCACAAGAAACCUGAUCCUCGAUUUUCUAAACCAAACUUUAAUAUAUUUCAGAUUGAACAAAAACAGUUCAUUGGUGUUUAUGUGGGACCUCUUCUUUGUAACAAGUCACUUUUUUUUUUUGUGUCUUUAAAACUUUUAUUUUUAUGAUACGAUUCUUUUUUUUUUUAAAUGUGUUUUGAAAUGUAUUUACAAAGAUUAAUUCUGUAUUUUUAAAUAGUUUUUUAUUCACACAGCAUGCGUUUUUAGGGCUUACAACUAAGUUUUAUUUCAGUUUAAUCAAGGACUCUGCAUGUAAUAUAAUGUACCAUGUAUGUAAAAUAAAACCCAACUUAACGCCGAGCAGUAGGAACGAGAUUCAUACGUGUGCUUCAGUAGAGCGACGCAGGCAAACGUGCAACCGUCACUUUGUUGUUUGUCUUCAGUGUUUCUGUCGGGGAGAAAUAUUCGGAGAGUUCUGACUCUCGUGUGUAAAGAUUUGUAACAGCUGAUGGUUUGUGUCACAGCUGAUUUUUGUGAAUAAACACGUGUAAAAAUGGAA